AUGUCCGGACUUGAGAUCGUGCCCCUGGCAAUACAGUCCUUCCAACUCUGUAUCCAAGCAUACCAGUUCUUCUACACAGUGGGCCACAUGGACCAGGAGGUUGAUCUUGUGCGAUCGAGAUUGCAGUGGGAACAAUAUCGGUUGGUCGAGUGGGGGCAACGGGCUGGAUUAAACAAGACGCCAGACAAUCGUUUGAACUGGAGUGUUGCAUGCGGGCUUUUGGAGCAGCAGCAUGCGCUCUUGACUUCAGCAGACAAGCUCAAGCGUCUCUACAAUUUGCAAGUGCAAGAAGAAGAAGAAUUGGUACACCCCAAGAACGUUAGUGUAGCUAGCGAACUAGAUUUCCCCGAUUCGGGGAUUGGGAAGUUGGUCGCGAAGCUCAGGCCAGAUAUAUACACCACAUCUGCUGCCCAAAGUGUACGGAUUGGCGGCAAAGCAUUCCGAAGACUUCGUUGGGCCACCAUUGGCAGAAAACAAGCGGACCGCGUUAUUCAAGAUAUUGCUGAGCAGAACACUCGACUGUGGCAGCUGUUGGACUCUGCAGAACAGCUAAGUCUUCGCAAUGGGGUUGACGCAUUGCUACGAGACAUCAUUUCCCGAAGCAAUAGCACCUCUGAAGUCGAGACGGUACAGCAACUACUCAAUCCUGGCCAGGCUAUUAGCGACAAAGCUCUUGCGGCAGCUGCUAGUUUGAAGCAGAUUCGACUUACGAUAGGCGUCGACAAAACGGAUGAUGAAAUUCCGCCACAGCUCACUCGUCUUGUGAAGGAAAAAAUGCCAGUUUUGAAGAGACUGAAGGCUCGGAAGGUCAAAGCCAAGACUCUCGUAGGAAUUGAGACCGGAAAAUAUGAUGGAGAGGACGUCGUGAUAGAGUGGAAAGUCGUGGAUAAACCCGUCUGGAAGGAUUUCCGGCAGCAAGUCGAGGCUUUAGCCGUUCUGCUUACAGCAUUGCAAGACUCUUCCUUCCACGCUCUAUCGUGCAUCGGAUACCUGCCGUGGGAAGAAAAGGAACGAUACGCUAUCGUGUAUGAGCUUCCACCGACAAUGAUGGAAGGGCCAAGCACCGGGCUCAAGUCGCUCUACGAAGUGCUCGGGGAAGAACCCAAAGUCUCACUUUAUCAGAGAGUCCAGAUAGCUCUCGACCUUUCCGAAACGUUGCUGCAGCUUCAUACUGCCGGAUGGCUUCACAAAGGCAUUCGCUCGGAGAAUGUCAGGUUCACAAUACCCGAAAAGGCGAAAACCGGCUCUCUACUGGAAAGUCCUAUGUAUCUCGUAGGCUAUGAGUACUCGAGGCCAGACACCACAGGAGCUGCUUUGAUGACAGAGCUCCCUGAUACAAAUCCCUACGCUGAUUUGUAUCGCCACCCACAAGCACGCGGUAACCAUCGGAUGCGAUUUCAUAAGCGGUUUGAUGUAUAUGCAUUGGGGUGUGUUUUGUUGGAACUCGCGCUGUGGAAACGUAUUGUGGACGUCCAAUCUGAGUUCACUUCGCAUGAUCUUGGCGCUGCUAUUUUGAAGGCGGAAAUAGACAAAAAGGAUGUUGACCUCCCGGACUUCCUCAAAUUUGGUUCUGACCCGGAUCAAGUCUUGCAUGUCCGCCAUAGUGCUGGCAAGGUCUUUACAGAUGCAAUCAUAGCAUGUUUUUCUCCGGAAGGCGGGUCUGGAGAUGCAUCGGAAUCAUAUUUGGGAACUCAGAAGGCGGUCGUUGAUAAGUUGCGUAGCUGUCGCUGCUGA